AUGGCGUCCUCACGGUCAUCCAGCCCAGACACCGCUUCUAGCGCAGAUCUCCAACUCCCAGUCGACAUCAGCGCUAGUCCUAACUCGCCUGCCUAUGCACCUGAUAUGGACAGUCUGAAGACCGUGAGUUUCGCAAGGUUGCGCGACUUCAGUAAUUGGAGAGACAGCAAAUUCUUGACGUAUCGAUGUUUCACUUACGCGGGAGAUGAAGUUCAAACGAAAGACUUCAUCCUUGGAGAGUUUGAAGAGAUACAGAAAGCCAUGUCUGAAUUGGAUGAUGAUCAUAUACACAUUCUCAAUGCAACUCCUCGGAGUGUGUUUCUUCUUUAUGCCAGCGAACUACGCGAGUUAUCCCAAAGUCUCGGCCUUGCGCCGUGGAUCUCAUAUGGUCUAGAGUACAACGUCCUCAGAGGACUAGGCCGGAGGCUUUACGGUUCCCACUACGAUAUCUGGUUUACCCUUCCACUGGUAGAUGCCGGCGUAGAUAACUUCACCCAUCCAGGUCAAGAACUUCAUUCUCUUCCAGUUGACUCUUCCGAAGGUGUGACCCAUUUAUAUGAAGACGCAGGCAUGUUCUAUCUAAGCUUCGACAAAAAGACGAGACAAACACGUAUUCUAUACUCGAGCGCAAUCCCUGCUGGUCAAAAGUUAGCAUCUGCUUGUGACAACGCAGAAGAACUUGGUGUACGGGAUGACCCGUUUACGUUUGUCACGUGCGCUUUGAGCUCAAUUCUUCAGGAUCAGGGCAUGAAUGCACACUCUUUCUCUGCUCUCAUUAGCAAAAUGGAAGAUUACAGCAAUUCACUCAGGUUUGAGAUUGCAGAGAAUGAAGAGACAAAAGUGAAAGAGACGGCGAUCCAACUGAGAAAGUCGUUGCCGUACCUAGAGAAGAUCUUGGAGUCGGUGGACUGCACGAUACAGAUAAUCGAGGAUACCAUCAGCGAGCACAAGGACUGUAGAGAACUGCUAUCCAUUCCCAAGCAGCAUUUCCUCCGUGUCGAAAAGAACUUGCAGACUCUCCGCUCACAGGCGAUCUCCUUCAAGAGCUACCAAGACACACGCAUCAGAAGAAUCAAUGUCUGCUUAUCAACGCUCUCAUCUCUUUUGAGCCUCAGAACAGACAGCGCUAUCAAGGCCAGUACUGAAGCAAUGACAAGAUUGACGGAAGCGAAUCGAGAAGAUAGUGGUAGGAUGAACGACAUCGCAAUCGCUACGAAGCUCGAUAGCGAGGCUAUGAUCACCAUUGCCAAACUCACCAUGUUUUAUCUACCAUCGACAUUUGUGGCUACUCUUUUCAGCAUGGGGAUCUUCAACUUUGACUUUGACAACGGCAAGAAUGGGCGUCUUGUCAUGUCCAGCCAAUGGUGGAUGUACAUCAUCGUCGCAAUACCACUGACUAUUGGAACGUUUUACUGGUUCAGAGCAGUUACAAGAUCGCACAAACAGGCAAGCCAGAAAGCAGAACGAGAAGCCAAGCAGCCUGAAUGA